AUGGCUAUCAACAGAAUCGCUAUUGGAACGCCGGGAGAAGCUAGUCGCCCCGACGCGAUUAGAGCGGCUUUUGCUGAGUUUUUCUCGAUGGUUAUAUUCGUUUUCGCGGGUCAAGGCUCUGGGAUGGCUUAUGGAAAGCUAACCGGAGAUGGUCCAGCCACACCUUCCGGUCUUGUGGCCGCGUCUUUGUCUCAUGCGUUUGCGUUGUUCGUUGCUGUUUCCGUUGGAGCAAACGUUUCAGGCGGCCAUGUUAAUCCCGCGGUUACGUUCGGAGCUUUCAUAGGCGGAAACAUUACGUUGUUAAGAGCUAUUCUUUAUUGGAUCGCUCAGUUACUAGGAGCUGUCGUAGCUUGCUUGUUGCUUAAGGUAAGCACAGGUGGUAUGGAAACGUCAGCUUUUUCGCUAUCAUAUGGAGUCACACCGUGGAACGCUGUCGUGUUCGAGAUUGUUAUGACGUUUGGGUUAGUUUACACUGUCUACGCUACUGCCGUAGAUCCCAAGAAAGGUGAUAUUGGGAUCAUUGCUCCUUUAGCGAUUGGGUUAAUCGUUGGAGCUAAUAUUCUCGUCGGUGGUGCGUUCGAUGGAGCAUCGAUGAACCCGGCGGUUUCCUUUGGUCCGGCCGUGGUUAGCUGGACUUGGACGAAUCAUUGGGUCUAUUGGGUUGGUCCUUUUAUAGGUGCAGGCAUUGCAGCUAUUGUUUAUGACACUAUCUUUAUCAGUAGUAACGGGCAUGAACCACUUCCUUCUAAUGAUUUCUAAGUUAGGGCUUUGUGUUUCUUGUAAAACAAGAAAGCUGCUGGGGCGCCCUACCUAGCUAAGGGUAUUAAUCUGAGAGAUAUCGAUGUUAUUU